GGAAAUUUCUUAGAUUGAUCGAUUAAAGAGACAAUCAGAGUAUUACUAUCAUUCUCAAGCUAGAGAUUAUUAAUUUUAGGAUCAGAACAGAAUAGUUCUUCGACAAAUUACGUCAAAUCAAUCACUUCAACUUAUUAGCGGUCGGUAGUUUGAUCAAGGUGAGUCUUUGGGCUGAGAAGAUAUUCUUCACCUAACCAUCAUGGCACCAAAAAAAUCUAAAAAAGUCGCCUUGGGCGAUUUCCUGGCAGAUCAGGCCACUGGCAUGUCGUGGGCCGAUGAAAUGGAUGAGCUUCCCACAGCCCCGGCUCCCCGUGAUCCUAACGAGCCCACCGCCAGUGGACUUGGAGGCUCACAUCUUAGUCGAUUCGAUGGUAACAACCGAUAUGGCGACCGGGAUAACAAUCGCCGAGGGGGAGAUCGGGAUAUGGACAGACCUCCGCGUGCAGAGUUACCAAUACCUGACAAACCUCCCUUCAACGCGUUUGUGGGUAAUCUGAGUUGGGAAGUCAGUAAUGCUGACCUUGAACAAUUUUUCGGAGUAACCCAUAUAACGUCCAUCCGAAUGCUCACGGAUAGCGCCACUGGUAAACCUAAAGGAUAUGGAUAUAUCGAGUUCAGCAAGCGGGAGGCUCUGGUAGAAGCUUUGGACAAAUCAGGACGAGAGGUCGGAGGCCGAGUGAUCAGAGUCAGUGUAGCUGAACCACCGAAAGAGCGGGAGGAUCGAACUGGCGGUGCUUGGAGACGUGACGGGCCUCUUCCUUCUCUCGAUGAUAAUCGUCGUAGUCGCAACACUUCGAAUAAUUAUGAUCGUUCAUCAAUGGAAGAAGCCGAUCGUGGCGAACGUAUGGGAUUUGGCUCGAAGUUCGUUCCUUCCUCAACGAGUAGCCACGGCCUUGGACCUCGAUCACAAUCUGGCCGAGGCUUUAGCCGGGCGGGCGGUGACGCAGGCGCGGGGAACCAGAACGAAGGUGAUAACGUAGAUAGAGGUGAAAGGAUGGGUUUUGGUAGCAGGUUUGUCCCAUCGGUCGAUGAACCGAGAAAGGACCGUGAACCCCCCAAACGAGGCGGUAGCUUUGUUCCUAGCCGAGGAACUCCAGUUGGCUCCGACGAUGGGCACAGUGUUUCAGGUGGUAAUGGAAGGCGACCACCUUUUGCUGACCGCAAAGCGAGUGAGAUCGGUCUAUCACCUGCUGACACAGUGGGUACUUGGCGCAGCGCGAAAUCGCCGAACGCAUCCGAACGCGAAAGUGCUCCUUCUUCUUCCACCCUUCCUCCCACCCGUCGUAAGCUUGAGCUAUCCGCAAGAACGGUCAGUCCAUCGGAUGGAGCUUCAACACCCCCUCAAUCACAUACUACCAGUGCCAAACCAUCUCCCUUCGGUUCAGCCAAGCCUGUUGACUCUACUGAGCGCGACAAAGCCAUUCAAGAAAAGUUGGAGAAGGAACGUGAGGAACUAGCAGCUCUGGUUGCGAAGAAAGCUGUCGGCCUUACACAUAAGGCUAGUCAAGAGACUGUCAGUCGCGCCAACGAAGAAACAGCAUCUGUCGCAUCAAACGAGAUCGCCCCGAGUGCUCCCAAGGCCCCGAAGACCAACCCUUUUGGAGCUGCAAAACCUGUCGAUACCCUGCAAAAAGAGUUGGAGAUUGAAGAAAAACUCCAAAAAGAAAAGAAGGCACUGGAAGAAAAGAUCAAGAAGGAGGCCGAGGAGGCGAGGGAACCCAAAACCGCCCCCGAGCCCGAACCGACUUCCAAUCCUGUUACGUCUACUGAGAGCAAACAAAGUAACGGUCCAGUGCCCACUUCAUCAUCAACACCAGCUGCGACAAAUACCCACCCGCCGACAUCUAACAAACCUGUUAACUCUAGCUCCUCCAAGUGGAGAUCCACCGCCCGCGACACGCCCAAGAUGGCUAAUGGAAAAUCUACUAUUCCGGCGUCUCGUGCUGCCUCUGGUGCUACCCCGGCCUCUGGUACUGCAACCGUCAACAAUGCAACAAGUGAUAGCGUAGCGUCACCCAAAUCUCCGAAUCUUUCUUCAUUCAGGAAAGAGGGUAUUUCCUUUGCAGCACUCGCCAAGGCCGCUGCGUCACCUCCCGUCAAAGCGAAUCCUGUUGAAGAACAACCUCGCUCUAAACCACACUCAUCACAAGCUCCACGUACAAUCUUGAAGAGACCUGAAGGAGUUGCCAUUCCCAAUCAAUGAUCAGUCAACUCCCCAUCACACCUUCUCGAUUGCCGACAACAAAAGCUACUCCUGAAACGAGUCAGCCCAUAUAUUCUAUUCCUUUAUUCUUUUUCUUUCGAUGACUUGUAAACAUCACAGAUCCGAAAAUGAUUAUUUCUCCUACUCAUAUACAUGUAUUGAAUGAAUGUAUACACCAAAGACUAAUAGUUUAUGUGUGCGCUCCACUCAAUCCAUCACAUAUAUUCCCUUCUUCGUGUGCCUCUAUCCUCAUCCACUCUCCUAUUUCUUUUGCAAGUUGAUUUUUGGUCUUUCUGGGUGUCAAUAUUUUUUUUGUUUGGGGAGUUGAUAAUGAUGGUUUGAGGAAGAGGUUUUUAAAUUUUGUCUUCUUCGGAUGAGCUCUGAUGAUUACAAACGUGAUUGUUUUUUUCUACCAAUGAUGUGGUUUUCCUCUGGGGGAUUGAGGAAGUCAAUUUUUUUAUUUUAUUUAUUAGUGUUUGGUUUCUUGUUUGAUGAAGAUGACUCUUUUUCUGUGGUUUUGUGAUGUCUGGUGACUUUCUGUAGUCCAAAAAUGAGAUGGUUUAAUAACUUUUUCUGGUUUAUGAAUGCU